UAUAAAUGGAUGGUAUUGCCAGAGUUGGUAUUGGUGUCAAAAGGUAGGUCCCUCCUUAGCUUUCGUGUCAAUCAAUCUCUGCAGAUGUCACUAUGAGGAGCUGCAUAAUCUUUAUCACCUUUUGUUUUGUUUCUUAAUGAUGUAAUCUCAUCUACAUAAAGAGAGGCUGUAGCUAGUACUAAGUGAUCUACCUUCGUUCAAUAUAGUAUCUUUUUGAUUGAAAAGUCAAUAGACUAUGAUGGAUAACAAGAGAUGGAGUCUUCAAGGUAUGACUGCUCUUGUGACCGGUGGAGCCAGAGGAAUCGGGUUUGCCAUUGUAGAGGAGUUGGCUGCUUUUGGAGCUAAAGUCCAUGUAUGCGACAUAUCUGAAACACUUCUCAAUCAAAGUUUAAACGAAUGGCAAAAGAAAGGGUUUCAAGUGAGUGGUUCAGUAUGUGAUGUAUCCUCUCGUCCCGAGAGAGAAACACUUAUGCAAACUGUCUCCUCGUUGUUUGGUGGCAAGCUCAACGUUCUAGUAAACAAUGUAGGGGGAGUCCGCGCAAAGCCAACACUAGAAUACACAGCUGAGGAUUUCUCGUUUCAUAUAACAACAAACUUGGAGUCUGCUUAUCAUCUUAGCCAGCUUUCACAUCCUCUCCUAAAAGCUUCAGGAUCCGGAAGCAUUGUCUUCAUUUCUUCUAUUGCAGGGGUUGUAUCAGCAGCAAACUAUGUAUCCAUCUAUAGUGCAACCAAAGGAGCUCUGAAUCAACUGGCUAGAAACUUGGCAUGCGAAUGGGCAAUUGAUGGGAUAAGAGCCAACGCCGUUGCACCUAAUGCUAUCAAUACUCCUCUGUCUCAACCUUUUCUUGAUGACCUCGGUUUGAAGGAGAGCUUGUUCAGUAGAACUCCACUUGGUCGAGCUGGAGAACCUAGAGAAGUUGCAUCACUAGUGGUUUUCUUGUGUCUACCAGCAGCUUCAUAUAUAACAGGUCAAACCAUUUGUGUUGAUGGAGGCCUCACUGUUAACGGUUUCUUUUAUCAACCACAGGCUUGAUAAUGGUUUUGUCGCGAUGUUUUUCUUCUUCUGCAACUGUCUCUAAACUCUCAAAGUCUGCUGUGUAAUAAAUGAUUUAGCUUUUAUAAAUGUUAAGGUGUUGUUGGUUUAACUGAUUUAGAAAACUUGGAAGCCUUUGCAUGUUCAAGUUUUUUUGACCAUUUCGACACCUGGUUUCGGUUGUCUUGAGACAAAUUAAAGUCCCUUUCGUCGAUUUAUUGAUUAUAAAGUCAAAUUUUCUGUGUCUUGGACCACAUUUUUAGAUAUUUUAUUAGUCUCUUACGAGUGCUUGCUAUUUCCACCACACAAACAUGCAGAAUCAUUCAUUUUCUGUAUAUAAUCUGUGGUGUUUCUGGGCAUUACUAAUCACACGAAGAAAAAAAGAAGAUGGAUAAGAGAUGGAGUCUUCAAGGUAUGACUGCUCUUGUAACGGGUGGAGCCAGCGGAAUCGGGUGAACAAUGUGGGAGUGCUUCGCGGAAAGCCAACAAUAGAAUAUGGAGCAGACGAUUUCGCUUUCCAUAUCUCAACAAACUUGGAAUCUGCUUACCAUAUUAGCCAGCUUUCACAUCCUCUCCUAAAGGCUUCAGGCUAUGGGAGCAUUGUCUUCUUGUCCUCUGUUGCAGGGGUUGUAUUCACUAGCGGCGGAUCCAUUUACAGUCUAACCAAAGGAGCUCUAAAUCAGCUAGCUAGAAAUUUGGCAUGUGAAUGGG